UUAAUAAAAUUAAAAUAUUGUAACAUUAUGUAGAAUUGAGGUAGACGAAUUAAGGAUAAAGGAUUUAACCUCAGAAAAAUUAAAUCUGGAAAUGGCAUUUAAUAAUAUUCAAUUUGAGAAUAAAAACUCUGUAAAAAAGGAAAUAUUAACAAACUUAUUYAGUGAAUGCAAUACAAUGUCUGCAUUCACCAAGACAAAUUUGAACAAUGUUGCCCUAAAAUUAAAAGAAUGUUUGAAUGAUUUAGAAAUUGUUAAUAUACAAGCAGCUGCUGAUCAAGGGACUUUAAGCACUUCAGAAUUAGAACGUUCAGACAUAUUAAACAAAUUAAAUGUCAUGAAGAGUAAUUUACUCUUUAUUGAUUGUGGCUUACAGAAGUCUCUGCACGAUCUUAGUGGUUUCAAAGAACGGCUUGCAAAUAUUGAUUUAGAAUCGUUUACAGAUGAUAUAUGUAAUAAUCAUGCAGGCAUAAGUAAUAGUCAGGGUGUAAUGAAUGAACAAAUGUUAUCACUUCAAAAGGCUGUGGCUUGUAAACAAGCUGAACUAGAACAAGUAUUAGCUGAAAAUAAUUCAAUGGCAAUAAGAAUUGAGAGUCUAGAGACAAGAUUGAAAAAAGAAACAAAUAUUAUUAUCAACGUUAAUGAUACGGAUGAUGCUAAAGCCAAAGUGCCUCAUUUCAUGUUAGAGAAAGCAUUUGAUACUAGUGUAGCAAGAGGAGUUAAACGUGCUUAUUCCAGCCUAGAUUCAUUUGGUUUAAGAACGGGAAUGUAUUUACGGCGAUAUCCACUAUUAAGAACUAUAUUAUUUGUUUAUGUGGUGAUACUUCAUUUGUGGGUGAUGUUGAUACUAUUUUCUUAUACUCCAGAGACCAAUUAAAAUUUCACUCAUAUUUUGUUAUUACUGCAAAACUCUGGAUAUUCAAAUACUCAAUUAAUCAAACAUUCAUUUUAUAUUAUUUAAAGUAAUAAUAUUAAUUAUAUUAUUGUUAUUUUAUUAUUGUU